UGACCGAACCGAAGGUGGACUACCCGAGAGUCUGGAAAGAUGGGGGAAAAAUACAGCUUAAAAUUUUGCACCAUGCGCCUCCACUGACAGAGUGAGUGGGUUUUGAAAAACACGGGGAAGUCUUUCUGAAACUAUGAUCACAGCGCAAGAAAUGCCAGCUUUUACGCCAUGUAUUUACUUUGUUUGUUCGCUUUUGAGGAUACCUACCGUCGCCUGGUAUUGACGCCCCUCAACUAACGCAGAUGGACUAACAAAUCCUGCAAAAAUGGAUGCAUAAAUCAAAGUGCAGGAUUCUUUUUCUCGUAUCUUGCUGGAGCUAGCUUUUCAAUGUGUGCGAUCACAGAUGAGAGGAUUUUCAUCGAAGUUGAAUGAUGGCAUCACGUUGGGUUCACUCCUUUGAAGAUGAUGAGCGACAAAGAGCGAGGUCUUCUUUCUGCGAGAAUGACGCUCCUGAGAGAAGUUUGGCUGAUUUCCCUGCAGCACCGUACCCGACGGAGGAUGAGCCGUUUUCAUGGCCGAGGCCAAAAACCGUGCGUUUACGCCGAACAUCUCAAGGCUUCGGAUUCACUUUGCGGCACUUCAUCGUGUACCCGCCGGAGUCGAGCGCACACUACUUCCUGGAGGAAGAGUGUGGCCGCAGAGGGAGGCUGCGGAACAGACUUGAACCUAUGGACACAAUUUUUGUGAAACAAGUCAAGGAAUGUGGCCCUGCUCAUGGAGCUGGGCUUUGUACAGGAGACCGAAUAGUGAAGGUAAAUGGAGCGAGCAUCAUUGGGAAAGCUUAUUCUGAGGUGAUAUCAUUGAUCCAAGAGAGUGGUGACUUUCUUGAACUUUGUGUGAUGCCAAAAGAUGAAGAUAUACUGCAACUGGCCUAUUCCCAGGAUGCCUACCUCCGUGGCCACAGUAGCUACAGUGGAAAUGCCUGUCACAUCCCUGAUCCACCUCAAGUAUGUUACUCCAGAGUAGACUUUAAGCCUACGGGCAUGGCCCAGGCAGAAGACUUGGCAGGGCAGGUCUGCCGGGCACCAACAGCCCCCCUUGACUAUGGAUAUCGCAAGGAAAUCAACAAGCCUCCAUCUGCCUCUCAUCAAUCCUAUCCUAAGAGUCAAACAGCAGUCUGUAUGCGUAAUGACAGUGUUAGGACUGUGGUGGUUCCACCUAAUUCAGCGCAUAUUGGGCGCAUCACUCCAACUCAAAGAAUUGAUUUUGUAGACCCUGUCUUUGUGAAGGGCAGACCUGGAUCCCUUGCCCAAUAUCCUCACCCUCGAAAGGCUGACUUCUAUCCCAGUAGUCUGGGAAUAAUUCAUUUUGAGGGUCAGGUACCCAACUUUUCAGGAAACCAUCAAAACAUUGAUUGGCGCACUUACCAAACAUAUAGGGAGUACAUUGACAACAAAGGCAUCCAUUCCCAUGCUAGUCGGACCAUCCAGGAGAGGCUGGACAAUUUGCGAACUGCUGGUCAGGCCUCUUUUGCCAAUACUCAUCACAUUCCUCCAGGUGACUGGACACCUAAAGGGAAACGACCCAGGAGUGUCUCUCAUGAACGAUCAUAUCAUGGUCCUCCACCCCACUUUCAGAUUGCCCCACGCAGUGCCUCACAGGACCGUAUGACCAAUUCAGAGAGGAUAAGCCAUGCAAGGAACUGGCCCCCUCGGAGUGUUUCCCAAGAUGGCCUUGUUCUGAAAGCUCGAGCACGCUCCAUUGACUACGUUGAACCUGUAGAGCUGGCGCGGCACAGUGAGAUGAGAGGAGUGUAUCCAAGGUCAGACCAAGGUACGAGGCCCAGUAGGCAGUCCAUUCCCAGAAAUGCUAUGUCUUUCAGGUCGUCUACUGGAUACAGUGGUGGCAUGAGAGUAGCACCAAACCCUUCUUUCUACUAUAAAGUACCAGACUCCCUUCAAACAUGCUCCUCACCCAAAAUUCCUCACAGGCCCUCACAUUUUGCAAAAAGCACAAGUGCUGAACAUUCUUUCAUUGACCAAAGACUUUCAGUUAAAAGGCACCAUUCAAGCAACACUAACCAACAAGGCCAGGGUAGGAUGCGUGCAGAAACCCUGCAGCCCACUGAGUCCAGCAGAGAUUCAGUGGCAGUAGGACUCAGAUCUGCAUCAUGUUCUACUCCAAAAGAGUUGCCCCAGAGGCCUAGUGUCCUCUGUACUCCGCAGGAAGAUCCUCAGAGUCAGGUCAAUGGUCAAAGCCCCACAGAUUCUGGAGUGGUUUUGAGAGAGAAAUCGCAUGCUGGGAAAAACCCCAGCCCCUUACGGCACCCCUCGUACAUCUUGGCUGUGAAUGAUGAAGGAGCAGACUCAUCAGCAGACGUGGUGGCGUGCUGGCUUCCAAAUGAUGCACGUCGAGAGAUACACAUGCGUCGCCUUGAGGAACAACGUCACACCUCAUGCUCCAGCAACUUGGAUGAUUCUCUGGAUUCUAUUCCAUUCAUAGAUGAGCCCGUCAGCCCCAGUGUUGACAGAGAGGCUGCUCCUAUUCCUCCCUCUGCUGUCAUAUCUGUUGCACCAUCCAUAGCUACAGCACCCUCCAGUCGAGGCUCACCGGGUCCACCCAUUCGCCGCCAGCUGUCACAUGACCAAGAGUCCCUGAGAAGUGCUUUGUUGGACUCAGACUCAGCCAGUAAAACCGAGCGGUCCAAGUCCUACGAUGAGGGUCUGGAUGAGUAUCGAGAAGGAGAUAGGGGGUCUUCCACAAGACAUUUGCCAAGUUUCAAGGGCCUUAGAAGGGCUCUGGAUGGGCAUAAAUCAUCCGGGGAUUCUGGGUCUCGCAGGGACUCUUCCACAGACAUCUUCUCUGACUCCUCCAAAGAAGGCUUUCUUAACUUUAGGCACCUUAGCACAGAUAAAAACAAGCGCGUUGGUGGAGGCAUGAGAUCCUGGAAGCAGAUGUAUGCCGUUUUACAAGGUCACACUCUGACCCUCUUCAAAGACAAGAAGGAUGCCCUGUCUCAUGCUUCAGCCCAAUCUGAUGAAGACCCAUUUCAAAUUAGCAUCAAGGCCUGUCUGAUUGACAUCUCCUACAGUGAAACGAGACGCAAAAACGUUCUGCGGUUGACCACCUCCGACUGCGAGUAUUUGUUCCAGGCAGAAGGGAGAGACGACAUGCUGUCGUGGAUCAGAGUCAUUCAGGAGAACAGUAACCGUAAUGAGGAGGUGUGUGGUAGCCAGAAUGCUGCAGUCACAAGCCAGGAUCUGAUCAGUCGAAAAAUCAAAGAAUACAACAUGAUGAGUGCUCCCAGCAGCAGAUCAGAACCUUCCCCUAAAGCAUCUCGGCAGCCGCUCAGCAUCAGACAAGCUUUUCUGGGAGCUAGAACGGACAGCAAGACCUACAGCUCUCAUUCGCCUAAACCAGGAGAGGAACGAAAGGCACUGAAAGAUGAGUCCAGUCCUCCUCGGGACAGGGGUGCUUGGAAAAUUGGGAUAGCAGGGAUCAUGAGGAAGCCCUUCGAAAAGAAGACUCCAGCUGGUAUCACAUUUGGUGUUCGGCUUGAAGAUUGUCCUCCUGCUCAAACUAACAGUUUUGUUCCCCUCAUCGUGGAGGUGUGCUGCAAGGUUGUGGAGGAGCGAGGACUAGAGUACACAGGAAUCUACAGGGUUCCCGGAAACAACGCUGCCAUCUCCAGCAUGCAGGAGGAACUCAACAGCAAAGGCAUGACUGACAUCGACGUCCAGGAAGACAAAUGGCGGGAUCUUAAUGUCAUCAGUAGUUUGUUGAAGUCGUUUUUUCGAAAACUUCCAGAACCCCUGUUUACAAACGAAAAGUAUGAUAAAUUUAUUGAAGCUAGCAGAACAGAAGAUUCAGUGGAGAGAUUAAAGGAGCUGAAGAGGCUGGUCUAUGAGCUACCUGCUCACCACUUUGAAACUCUGAAGUUCCUUUGUGCUCAUCUCAAGAUGGUUUCUGACAACUGUGAAAAGAACAAGAUGGAGCCCCGUAACCUGGCGAUCGUGUUUGGUCCCACUCUGGUCAGAACCUCUGAGGACAACAUGACCAACAUGGUGAAUCACAUGCCAGACCAGUGCAAGAUAGUUGAAAACCUCAUCCAGCAGUUCGACUGGUUCUUCACUGAAGACUGUAGCGAGGACCCUGCUACUGCGGCUGAGCAGGAGAGCACAGUUCAGUCUCAGCCUGUGCCCAACAUAAACCACCUGCUCUCCAACAUCGAGCGGAUCGCAGCCUCACCAGGUGAAGUCUCAGAAUCGGCAUGUAGUGACUCCACCAAAUCAAAGGGCUUGUGGGUGUCAGGGAAGGAUCCGUGUUGCAAAGAAAUGCUGCGCUCCUCCUUCUUUGUCAACCGCAAGCGCAACAAGUCCAAGGACAGGGUUCAACCCAGCAGUUCAGAUGAUGACCUGGAUCAUACUUUUACUAAAAAGGAUCUCCCAGAGGGGGACCAGCAGCAGUGGUCUCAGGACAGCCAGACUGAGGACAAGGAAGAUAAAGAUGGAGCCGAAAAAGAGAAACACAAGAGGAGCUCAGAGAAACGGCUGGAAAACUCCAUCAGAAAAGAGUCUCAGUCCAUUCCCUCCUCACCUCCAGACCUAAUCUCCUCCACACUUCAAUCUGGUUCCAAUGACACCUCUCCACCUCAUUCUCCAAACCUCAGCUAUCGCAUGCCUCCUAUUCACCAGUCUUCUCUCUCAGACCCACCCUCAAACUACGAUGAUACAGUGUCGGACCUCGGUACGAUGAACAGUACCAGCUCUCGGGCUUCUGUGCCUAGAGCGAGGCCAGGUAAGACUGCGGCUCUGGGUCCAGAGGCGUGUCCCAGCGGUCUGGGAGCAGAAGUCUGCUCCAUCACCUCAGACUACUCCACCACAUCCUCCAUGACCUUUGUGACUGGAGCUGAACUUAACACGCUCAGCCCUGAAGUACAGUCUGUGUCCGAGAGCCGGGGAGGAGACGACGCGGACGAUGAAAGGAGUGAACUCAUCAGUGAAGGAAGGCAAACGGAGACGGACAGUGAGAGUGACCUGUCGGUGUUCACUAUCGGGAGAGCAGAGCCGAGAGAGCCACAGGAAGCUCCUCGACCCCUCGCCUCACACAGACUCAUCGAUUGUGAUACGCUUUCCAGAAAGAAAUCCGGCCAACUCAAAACCAACAGUGAGUCCUCGCUGGAUGGAUCCCGUGUGGAAAAAGAUACCAACCGAUUGUCACAGGUUGUAGGUUCAGCAAAAGGACUUUCCUCCGGAAACCUCAGCUCAUCAUCCCGGAGCGAGCUGGACAAAACGGAGCCGGCAUGGCGGCUGAAGAUCACAGAUCGGCUCAAGGUACGUCUGAGAACGUCUGCAGAUGACAUGUUUGGCGUUGGCAGCCAGAGGAGUCGGUCUCCUGAGGGUCGCAGUAAGAAAAAGAACAUCAGGCGCAGACACACCAUGGGUGGCCAGAGAGACUUUGCAGAGCUGUCCAUUUUGGGAGACUGGUCUCAGCCGGUUGGCAUCGGUUCCGGCUCGCGUUCAGAGCUGUCCGCUGUGGACCGGCUAAAACCAAAGUGUAGCUCUCAGGAUUUCUCCAUUGGGGACUGGAUUGCUCGAGAACGCCACCGCACCAGUAAUCCUGAGGUCGGCCUGGACCUCUCUGAGCAGCAGGGGGCGCUGUGCAUCAAGAACCCCAGAGCCUCAUCGUCUUCUUCCGAACUUUCACAUCGUCCAGCUAAGGCACUAAACGGGGAAAUGUCCCAGAGUAAAAAUCUGAGCCUUUCAGCCACCGCCCACCCACAUAAACUCACUGGUGCCCAGGUGGUCCAUUCGCGCUUCUAUCAGUACCUGUGACAGUGUGUGUGUGUGUGUGUGUGUGUGUGUGUGUGUGUGUGUGUGUGUGUGUGUGUGUGUGUGUGUGUGUGUGUGUGUGUGUGUGUGUGUGUGUGUGUGUGUGUGUGUGAGAGAGAGGGGGGGGGGGGGAUGGUGCAUUAACUGUGUGUUCUGGAAUUUGUCACAAUUUUUUAACGUGUGACCAAUAUUAGUGACUGAGCAUGUUUACAGAAGUCGUCUGGAGCUCGUCUAGCAUGCGUGUGUGUGUGUGUGCGUGCGCGUGAGUGCGUGUUAACUGAGUGUUUCUGCGUACAGGAAUUGUUAUUCUUGCCCGUUUAUAAGGCAUGGAACAAAACGUUUGUAUUUUUAACUUUGUUUUUAUUUUAUUACUAAUAUAUCAGCAAGGAGGAGUUCCUCCCAUAAGGAAUUUGUUAUGCUGAAAAGGACCUCUCACUCACGAAACACUGACGUAUGAUCGAGGACGUGCGAACACUAGAUUGUUCUAAAUGUUUAGCUAAGUGGCUUUAAGGAACUUGACCUAACUUAGAAUUAUAGGAAGUAGGAAAGUUUAUUUUACUUCUUUUUUUAAGCAUAUAGAGGAAUUAUUCUUGUUUAAAAGUCUGAGGCUGUCGGUAACCAAAUGAAGAAUGUACAGACAUGCUUGCUGUAACACUGACUCAAAGCUUUACAUGCUUGUUUCAUUCUAAAGUGUACAUAUCCCUAUUUUUCUGUGUACUUGAAUUGUUUUUGGUACAGCCUGUGUGUGACUGCCUACAAGCUCUGCUGUCAUAAAGGGGCCUUUCCAAAGGUGUAAACAGGACAAGGAGACACUGGAGUUAUGCAAGUGGAGUGUGUGUGGUCCAUAUCCAUCCCUGCUAUAUGGUUUAAAAAUCAGCGAACAUCCAUCUGAUGUUCAGCAUUCUCUUUUUUCCAAGUGAUUGGCGGUGGAUUUAGAUGAAAAGUUAUCGGAAAGAAAAAAAAACGUAUCGAUCAGAUCAAAGAAAAUGCUACUUCACAAAAGAAAGUGCCUCAUAGAAAUGUAAAGGGUGCCAUACUGUCUUUGUAGACACAAGAAGAUGUUACUGUGAAUGACUUUUUUUUUUAUUGCCGACUCAAGUCGUUCUACUGGUAACGUGAAUGCCAAGCUUCCAUUCUGUUGGCAUUUCACUCGGGUCUUAAUGUUUUAUACAUCUUUUAUCCUUGUUUUUUCCACAUCUCUUGAUUUGAACAGAACUUGAAUUUUAAAUAUUCGUUGUAAAAAAGUAAUUUAAAUGUACAUACGGAUGCCAUGUUUUGGUGGCUUUGUGUUGCUUUUCCAUCAGAUUGCAGGACUAAGUAUAGUAUUGUGAAACGACGAUGGGGAUGCUCAUGAGACCUGAUUGGGUGUUGUGGGCAGUUUGGUACGUCUGGAGAAAGGAUUGCUUUAGGACAGGGACACUUUUCAGUGUUCCUCUGAUUCUGGAGGAUGUGCACAGACUCCUGAAACACUGGAAAUAAAUUUUAUCAAUGGCA